CACAACUUUCUAUCGCUCUGUUACUCUUCUACAAAGAAAGAAUCGACGGUACUCAUCGGCUGAGUAGCUAGCUCAAUGGAGAAGAGUCUCCAACGAUUUUCUCUCCUUGUGAUCACCUUGUCUCUCUUCAGUUUCUCCAUUCCAGUUUCACUCUCUCUUCCAUUUGUUGUGUUUCAUGGGUUUGGAGGUGAAUGUUCCAAUAACAAAGUUAGCAACUUAACACUGUCCCUCCGCACCCUCUCCGGCCACCCUGGAUCUUGCGUAGAGAUAGGAAAUGGACUACUGGAUUCUUUAUUCAUGCCGAUUAGGCAACAAGCGAGUGAAGCUUGUAAGAAAAUUAAACAGAUGCCAGAGCUGAGUGAAGGUUACAACAUUGUUGCAGAGUCUCAAGGUAACUUAGUUGCUAGAGGACUUAUCGAGUUUUGCGACAAUGCUCCACCUGUCAUCAACUAUGUCUCCUUAGGAGGUCCUCAUGCUGGCAUAGCUGCCAUCCCCGAGGGGUGUACUCUCCUAGUUUGCAAGUUGCUGGAGGAACAUUUUUCAGAUGUUUACACCCACUUAGUACAAGAUCAUGUUGCUCCAAGUGGUUAUGUCAAAAUCCCUACUGACAUAGAAAAGUAUUUGGAAUAUUCCAAGUAUCUGCCAGAGCUCAACAACGAGAGACCUGGCGAGAAGAACUCCACUUUUAAAGACCGUUUCACCAGCUUGCACAACUUAGUCCUCAUCAUGUACCAAAACGAUACAAUGUUGGUCCCAAGAGAAACUUCUUGGUUCGGAUAUUACCCUGAUGGAGCUUUCUCACCUGUUUUGCCUCCUCAAAAGACAAAGCUUUAUACUGAAGACUGGAUUGGUCUGAAAACCUUGGAUGAUGCUGGAAAAGUGAAGUUUGUUAGUGUCCCUGGCGGACACAUCGAAAUAAGGGACGAAGACCUUGUCAAAUACGUUGUGCCUUACCUCCAGAACGAGUCUACGUUAUCUUCCGAACACGAGGCAAUGUAGACAUUGCAAUCUUGAACCAACGAGAAUAAAAAAGGCCUCAUCCUAUAAAAUAAAGGUCUUUAUGAAUGUAACAUCAUCAUCUAUGUAUGAGUUGAAAUAAAAUAAAUAAAUGCUUCAUCAGUUUUAU